AUGAUUCAUUCUGAGAGCCAGUUCCCCUGCUCCUCCUCAAGUGUUCAAGGCUGCAGUGAAAUGAUCGCAUGCUUCAGUGAGCAGCUAAUGCGCAGAGAAACAGUUCUGCUGGGUGUGCUGAUGACAUGCGCCCAGACGGAGAUGAAGAGGGUUGUUGGAGAAAAUGCCACGCUGCCCUGCCACCAUCAGUUCUGGGUGGGGGAUGACCCCACUCUUGACAUUGAGUGGCUGCUUCUCAAGCCAACCAACAGGCAGAGAGUGGUGAUAACCUUCUUUGCUGGACGGGUUUUUGACCCCAAUGAAGUAGAGCGUAGCCGUGUAGCCUUCGCUGGAGAGUACUUAAAAGGUGACGCCUCUCUGCUGAUCAGUGACUUGUCUCUAACAGACUCAGGAGAGUACAGCUGUAAAGUCAAGACCGGUGCACAAUACCACUGGAGCACCAUCAGCCUCAUAGUGCUGGUAAAACCGUCCAAGCCGCGGUGCUGGAUGGAGGGCAAACUGUUGGAGGGCGGUGAUGUUAAGAUGAGCUGCAAGUCUGCUGAUGGCUCUGAUCCCCUCCACUAUAAGUGGGAGAGGGUUAUGGACAAGGGCAAGUAUGCAGGCAAGCUGCCUCCACUGGCCCUGUUAGAUUUGAAAAACCCGGAGAUUGUGACGUUGAAAAACUUGACCAAGGAAAGCACCGGUGUCUACAAAUGCACAGCCAGCAACGAUGUGGGAGAAGAGAGCUGCACAGUGGAGGUCAAGAUGCACUAUGUAAGGGGAAUGGGUGUGGUAGCAGGAGCAGUGGUUGGCGUAUCCUUCGGGGUCCUCCUUAUCAUCCUCAUCAUCUGGUUGGUGUUCCGCAAAAAGGAGAUGAAGAAAUAUGAAGAAGAAGAGACCCCAAAUGAAAUCAGGGAGGAUGCAGAGGCUCCCAAAGCCAAACUGGUGAAGCCCAACUCCCUCUCUUCGUCCCGCUCUGGCAGCUCUCGCUCAGGCACCUCCUCCACUCAGUCCAUGGUGCACAACAUAGGGCUCCGAGGCCAACGAGCAUGUGUUCCUGCAGUGGCGGCCCUCAAAGAAAACUGCCACGCCUCAUCCUUCCCUCAGUCUCCACCUGGCUACAAUCAGUCAGUUCACAAGACCCCUGAACCCCGUUCAACACCAACCUCCACGUCUACCUCCAACUGCAAGUCCAGCCCUCCCCCUAAACUAAGUCCUGCAAACCUGAGCCGCAUGGGGGCCACUCCUGUUAUGAUCCCUGCCCAAACCAAGGCCUUCCAGACUGUGUAGAAGAUGUAAUCACAGAGAGGAAAAGACCAAGGCAGCCUCAGGACACGGCAACUAGCUGAACCCAAGAGUUAGACUCUGAUAAAGAUCCAGUUAUAUUAUCUAGAUAUGUUCUCUCCAUUCGCUAUCUGGUGGAUGCUUUCAGCAAUUUAACUCUUUGAGAAUCUCUGCUUUACACUAAUAACAUAGGAACAGGUGUUACCUGAGCAACAUCUGAGAUGAAGGUACUGUUUUAUGGACUGUGAUUUUGAAAGGCGAGGUAUUAAAACUGAAGCAGCAGUUUGUUUCUUAUGGAAUGGGAGGGAUGCACGAAGCAGGGAGUGAAUGUGAUGAGGUAAUGUAAUGAGGUAAAGUCAAAAACGUGAGCCAGAGUGACAUUUGAUGAAAUUAUUAGAUUACACAGCAACUUUUCUCUUUUUGCAGAAGACAACAGGCUGCUCACAAAUACACCUGAAGAGGUUAGUUCAUAAAAGAAUAAGAAAAAAGGAACAAACUUGAACACAUUCUUACAUACAGUACACCGCUUUACACCUGUUGCAAAUGACUGAACUGUUGAAAGUAGUUUAGGUUAUUACAGUAUAUAAACUGGAUGAAUGGCUCUGAUUGUAUAAACAGACUUUAUGUGGACGCUUCAUAUAUCCAUCCAUACAUGUGUCACAUGCUAUAUGGACAUAAAUGAUACUGAAUCCCUUUGUCACCACUUCCUCUGUGCCGACUGAAGAAUCAUGUAGAUGUGCACAAUUGCCAGUUUCAGUGUAGUUUAAGUGUGGAUUCAUACAGGACACUUCAUGUUCAUACUAUCUAUACCUACCAUGUCGAGGUUCGAAGAGAAUUCAGAGAAGUGUGUGAGUUUUUUGGGGGAAAUUUUAUUUUCAGGAUCAUGGAGCUCUUAUAUUUUUGAAGAUUGUUACAGGGUUAAAUAGAGGCCCGACUGAGAAAGUGCCACAUUGUGAUGGUUUACAUUUUAUGUGUUACUUUUAUCUUGUUUUGUGUAGUAUACCUUUUUUUUAUCCAAGAAUGAAGAACUGUAUGAAUGUGAUGCUAAAUGAGAUGUGUUAUACGCAGUGUUUUUCCUCAGCACUAAGUUAGUUAGAACUCUCCCAUGUUAAAAUGUUUGUUUUGAAUUGAAAUGAGCUUUAUAUGACUCAUUGAAACAUUUAUAUUGAGAGAAAAUACCCUUCUGCACUCUAAAUACAUUAGAACUUAAAUAAUGAUCUCUAAAGAGUGCCUUUGGUCAUAUCCAUGCUCAUUGUAAUGAUCAAACAUAUACAGUACUAUUGACAGUGCAACACAUUGCAAAUUGUCUUUCACAAGGAGCAAGACACUAAUCAGUUAAUGUAGGUUUGGAGGGAGAGCUACAUUUAUAUCUGACCUACUGCAUACCAGCCAUAGUCAACAGACAGACCGACGCACAGGACAGAAUAAAUCCUGCCCUUGUGCCUCAUCUCCCAUUCAGCAGAGAGGACAAAACUGAUCCUUCUCCAUUCCUCAUUCUUCAAUCACAUUCCUUCCCUUCAAUACAUAAUCUGCCUUUUAUCCCUUUUCCUCUUUCCACUUGUCUUGUGAGUCUCACCACCUACUCUCUCUUCUCCCAUGACACUGUACUUGAUUCUAGUUAUUUGCAUGGUGGGGGAAGUUAUACAUAACCUUGAUCCAAGGACGGAGCUUUGUCACUGUAGCGUUCAAAGCCGAAGUUACUGUACAAUGACUUAUAUACUGUACGUAUAAUUCAGAUAUACCUAUUAUCAGUUAAUCUCGGGGUGACUUAAAGCACCCAGUGUGCACACCUCUCUGACUGGAAAGUGAUCUUCCAAACAUGCACAUAGCCCACCUGAUCGGAGCAACACAGGUCACUCUAUACUGUGGUCCUUAUUUACUGGUACAGGCAUCUUCUGCUUUUACAAACUACAGUGCACAUGAUCACUGAUGUGUCAGAAAACAUUUGCCACUAAGGUUAGAACAUUCCACUGCAUACACUGAAGUUUAGAUUGUACAUAUCCUCUUCUUGUGGUACAGCAGUUCAAUCAAUAUUCAGGAGCAUAAACAGCCCUUUCCCAGAGCCAAAAACCCUGGAGCUGUUCCGUAGAAUGUAAAUUGGCAAAGUGAUUGCAUGGACUAAAUUGAAACAGGUCAACAGCAGACAAGACAUUAUUGGAAUGAAACAGAAGUACAUUGCUUCUAUCUCACAGAAUGUUUUGUACUUUUUAAUAAAUUUAGCCGCUCAUACAACAACACCUGGACAAAUACAACCAAAACUAUCUGCAUAACAAGGUAGCACUAGAGGGAAGUGAGGAACAUUCAUUUUUUCAAUGUGGGUGAACUGACCCUUUGAUUAAAAAAAAACAGAUGAGAGCCCCUUGACUAAUCACUUUAACUAUACUUUCCAAUUUAGUAAAGAUAAGCUGGGAGAACCACAUUGGAUCAAACCGUGAAAGGAUUAGAUGUCUCAUCACAACUAUACAAAAUUCAACUCAUCGCUUCAAAAACAGUCUUUGGUCAUUAAAUGGCCGACUGUAUAAAGAAGCCAAUUUGUGUCUGUGGAUCUCUUGAGUUUUUAGCUUGUCCACAACUGCUCUUUUUAAGGGGCCAGUAUACUCCAUUAGAACUGCUUGUCAGAGGGUUGAAAAGCUUCUGAAACCCACUUUUCUGAUGUCAAAUUAGAGGCGCUGUGUCCAACCAUUUCUGUACCCUUCCCAAACGGACAAUCCAACAUUCACACCCAGAAAAAGAAAAACGCUUUUGAACUUUCUCUCAGCUCUCUUUAUUUUUAAUUCAUGUUUGGAAAUAUCACUGAAGCAGGCUGGGUCACAUUUUCAGUGAAACAACACUCAUAUCUCCAUUCAUGUCCAUUCCAAGUGAAAAAAAGCACCAUUAUCAAUGCAACUGGGCCUCCGGAGCGUCUACCAUGCAUACAGUGUAAAGUGAAAAGAAAUAUAUUUGGUUGAAAUCCUCCAAUAAAGGCUGAAGAAUGAUGGUUAUAUGCAUGUUACAGAUACUAAACUAUAGGAAGUAUUUUGUUAUUUUUUGCGUCAACGCUUAUAUAGAGUGGAAAUGAUACUCCUUUAGAUAAAAUAUAAUGAUCAUAGAAAUUCAUCUGUAAAUUCAUAAAUCUAUAUUUUUUGGUUUCCAUUUUUUUCUGGAUUUGUUCAUUGUAUGCAUCCACUGAAAAGUACUAUGUACCCUCUUGAAACUUCUUUAUGUAAAUCGGAAAGUCCUUCUACUGCUCACUGUACAGUUUGGCAACAACACAAUGCCAGGGAGGGACGACUGUUCUCUCUCAUCAUAUGUCAGGCUUUUAUUUUGAUGUGGGCUUAAACAAAAAGGUCAUUUAUAUAGUCAUCUGCUUGAGUGAAAGAGUGAUAUUUGUACAGAAACUCAGUGCCGUUUUUGUUUUCUUUUGUUAUUUUAUAAAAAUAAAACUUUGAAUGGA